CACACGCACACGCACACACACAGACACACACACAUUGUUGCAGGGCUCAGAGGGUCGUGUGGUAAACGUCAUAAGCCUGUGGCAGCACUGGAGUGAGCGGAAACCCCUCCCGAAUCCCAACUCAACUCCUCCAACCCCAGUCAAAGAAAAGAGGAAUACCGAGGAAUCAGGAAACAAGGACAAAUACCACAAUACAUCAUUACAGGGUGAAACAACUGUCCUGAUAUCAUAAUCAGCACCAGUAACAAUGCAGACCUGAGCGGCACUCCCCGUUAAGUGAGAGAGAGACCGCGUGCCUUGCGAGUAAGAUGGGGUUUGGCCGGGACCUGCGCAACUCCCACGAGGGUCUGAUGAAGCUGCAGGACUGGGAGCUGAAGCUACUGGAGACGGUGAAGCGCUUUAUGACAUUACGGGUGAAGAGCGACAAGGAAUAUGCAUCUCUCUUGCUCAACAUCAGCCAGCAAGUGGACAAGCAUGACAACUCCUCUCAGAUCCACUAUGUCAGCAGUGUCUCCAAGUCGUGGACUAACAUGGUGCAGCAGACGGAGCAGUUAAGCAAGAUCAUGAAGUGUCAUGCUGAGGAGCUCAACUCAGGGCCUCUCCACCGCCUCACCAUGAUGAUCAAAGACAAGCAGCAGGUGAAGAAGAGUUACCAAAGCCUCCACCAGCAGAUCGAGUCUGAAAUGAACAAGGUAACCAAAGGUGAUCUUGAGAAGUUGAAAUGCUCCUACAGGCAGUUAACUAAGGAUGCUGUUUUAGCAAGAGACAAAUACAAGGAGGCCGUUGUAAAAGGCAAAGAGACAGAGAAAGCCCGUGAGCGCUACGACAAAGCCACCAUGAAACUCCAUAACCUCCACAACCAGUAUGUGCUGGCGGUGAAAAGCGCGCAGCUACAUCAGGAGCACUACCAUGAGACGGCACUGCCUCUGCUGCUGGACUCCCUGCAGAAGAUGCAGGAGGAGAUGAUCAAUGCACUUAAGGGGAUUCUGGAGGAGUACAGUGAAAUCACCAGCCUGUUAACAGAUGAAAUAGUGAAGGUUCACAAAGAAAUACACACUUCCAUCGACCAAAUCGAUCCACUGUCAGAGUAUGACAACUUCAUCGAAGUUUAUAAAUUACCAGAAGACAAAGAACCAAAUGUAGAAUUUGAUGCCACGCUGUUAGACGAAACCGAGAAUCUUCAAGCAAAUGAGAUUCUGUGGAAUAAUUUGACAGCAGACAGUUUACAAGCGAUGCUGAAGUCCACCUCAGAGGAGCUGCUCGUAACCCAGCAAAGUUUGCGCAGCAAAGAGGAGCUCAUGCUGGACCUGGAGAACAAAAUAGAGGAAUCUACCAAAACCUAUGAGAAGAAAUCGGAUGUGGUGUUGUUACUUAGUCAGAAGCAGUCUCUGGAGGAGUUGAGACAGACGGUCCAGCUGCUGCGCUGCUCGGAGGCCAAACUCAUGGCACAGAGAGAACUACUGGAGCAGAAGAUGCAGGAGAACGAGGGCAAAGAACCACCGCCUGUCGUCAAUUACGAAGAGGAUGCCCGCUCUGUCAACUCAAUGGAUAAAAGCAAAGACAAGGUAUCAAAGUUUGACACCCUCAGACACUCCAUCGCUGGAAUCAUCCGCUCGCCCAAGUCUGUACUGGGCUCUUCAUCAUUUUUCGAUGUGAUACCCACUAGUGAGAAACCGCUGGGCGAGCAGGAGUGGUAUCACGGUGCCAUUCCCAGGACAGAGGCCCAGGAGCUGCUAAAGCAGCAGGGAGACUUCCUGGUGCGCGAGAGCCACGGCAAACCUGGAGAAUAUGUGCUGUCUGUGUUUUCAGAUGGACAGCGCAGACAUUUCAUCAUUCAGUUUGCUGAUAAUCAGUACAGAUUUGAAGGCACUGGCUUCCCCACCAUCCCACAGCUCAUAGAGCAUCAUUACACGACUAAACAAGUCAUCACCAAGAAAUCUGGGGUCGUGCUCCUGAACCCCGUCAUAAAGGAUAAGAAAUGGAUCCUCAAUCAUGAGGACGUCAUUCUUGGAGAACUCCUUGGCAAAGGAAAUUUUGGUGAGGUUUUUAAAGGAACGCUGCGAGAUAAAACUCCGGUGGCCGUGAAAACUUGCAAGGAAGAUCUACCACAAGACCUCAAGAUAAAGUUCCUCUCAGAAGCCAGGAUCCUGAAGCAAUAUGAUCACCCGAACAUUGUGAAGUUAAUAGGCGUCUGUACCCAACGGCAGCCCAUUUACAUAGUAAUGGAGCUUGUACCAGGCGGGGACUUUUUAUCAUUCUUGAGAAAGAAAAAGGAGGACCUCAAGACAAAGCAACUGGUAAAGUUUGCAUUAGACGCUGCUGCUGGAAUGGCAUACCUGGAGCUAAAAAACUGUAUACACAGAGACCUGGCAGCUCGCAACUGCCUUGUGGGAGAGAACAAUGUGCUGAAGAUCAGCGAUUUUGGGAUGUCCCGACAGGAGGAUGAUGGCAUCUACUCCUCAUCAGGACUGAAACAGAUCCCAAUCAAGUGGACUGCACCGGAAGCACUGAACUAUGGGAGAUACAGCUCAGAGAGUGAUGUGUGGAGUUAUGGGAUCCUCCUGUGGGAAACCUUUAGUCUAGGAGUGUGUCCUUACCCGGGCAUGACCAACCAGCAGGCUCGAGAACAGGUUGAAAAAGGUUACAGAAUGUCCUGCCCGCAGAAGUGUCCAGAUGAGGUGUACAAGAUCAUGCAGCGAUGUUGGGAGUACAAGCCUGAGAAUCGCCCCAAAUUCUCUGACAUUCAGAAAGAACUGGCAGCGGUCAAGAAAAAAUAGCCUUUAAUGAGGAAAUGGCUGGAAGGCCAAACUCAUACUUCACAUCCAGGUGAUCCCUAAUCUGCAGAGAGAAACACAACAAAUGUUUCGCCCUCGAAAUUACAUGCUAUUAUUGUACUAAAGAGUACUCCGUCACAUAAUCACUGUGUGAACUGCCUAUGCACCAGCUGUUUUGAGCCAUUAGCAUGGAGAGAGGUCUCAGCUUUGCUCUGAUGUCAAAAUUAUGCAGAUUUUCCUGUUUUUUUUCUUUCUUUUUUUUUUUUUUUUUUUUCCUUUGUAACUGAGCAACAGUUAAGCUACGACAGAAAGAACGUAAGAUAUAUGAGGUGUAUUCAGUAUGCCAUUGAGUAUUCCUGUGUAUGCACCAGUGAAAAGGAGGGGUGUUUCACCCAAACAUGAACAUUUUGUUAUCAUUUUCUUACCCUCAUGACAUUCUUUCUUCUGUGGAACACAAAAGAAAGUAUUUUGAGUGUUUCUUUGUUUUUGUUUAUUCUUUUUGUCCAAUCAGUGAAGGUUAGUGGGGUCCAUUGUUGUUUUGGAUCCCAUUCACUUUCAUUAUAUGGACAAAACAGUUGAAACAGUCUUCAAAAUAUCUUCUGUGUUCCACAGAGGAAAGAAAGUCAGACAGGUUUGGAAAGACACGAGGGUGAGUAAAUGAUGACAGAUUUUCCAUAUUUGGGCAAUUAUCCCUUUAAAAUAUGGAGAUGAAUGUGUGAAAAAGGACUGUUUGUCUACCAAAUAACACUUUUAGUUUUUUUUUUUUAAAAACCUGUUUGAUAGUUAGGGCAGUUUUAUAGUCAAGCCAUUUUAUGUCAUUUUUAUAUUCCUGGAGCAAUAGGACCUUUUUGGACAAAAAAAUAAUACUUUACAGAUGUUCGUCAGUCACAAAAUAACAUCUGUCACAUCCUUGAGACUUUCAUUGAGUUACAUUCCAAUGUUUCAGCACUCAUCAAGCAGUGAGACCAAAUGCAUAGAUUUACCUAAGUGCAAUUUAUCAUCACAUUAGCAAAAAUGUCAUACUACAAUCAGGUGGCCUUAAUUUAACAUCAAAUGAUUCUGCUAGGCUGCUUGAGAGCUGUUAUAUGGCGUGGACACAGCACAAACCUACAGUUUACAAGCCUUCAGAUUUCUUCCAAAUACUUCAACCUCUCACCUCUUCAUUGUUUAUGCCAUUUGAUGUUUAUAGGGAUAUUUCUGCAAAACAUUUAAAUUGUCAUUAUUUACUCAACGUCAAGUCAUUCCAAACCUGUAUGAUUUUCGUUUCUUCCAUAGAAUACAAAAGGAGAAAUUUAGUACAAUGUUCACACUGCUCUUUUCCAUAUAGUGAAAGCAAACGGUGACCAGAGGCUGUCAAGCAUCAAAAAGACGAAAAGCACCAUAAAAACAUCAUAAAAGCUAAAUAAAAGUGGUCUAUAUGACUUUUGUGGUAGAUUCCAAGUCUUCUGAAGUUGUAAAUUGCUAUUCACCAAAAUAUCUUGCUCCACUGUAGCUCUCAAAUCUUGUUCACGGUAUGUACAUAUUCAAAUAUACCAUUUGAAGUUGCAUCACAGCACGUUUGAUUUAAAGGGUUAGUUCACCCAAAAAUUAAAAUGAUUCCAUGAUUUACUCACCCUCGAGCCAUCCUAGGUGAAUAUGAUUAUCUUCUUUCAGACGAACACAAUCGGAGAUAUGUUUAAAAAUAUCCUUAGUCUUCCAAGGUUUAUAAUUGUUGUGAAUGGCAGCCCAAAUUCUGCAGACAGAAAAAAUGCACCCAUCUAUAAAAAAAAAAAAAAAAAAAAAAAGAAUCCAUACGACUCCAGGGGGUUAAUAAAGGCCUUCUGAAGUGAAUCGAUGCAUUUGUGUAAGACAAAUAUCCUUAUUUAAAACUUUAUAAAGUAAAAUAACGAGCUUCCAUACGCAUUCGAUGUGUGUUCAAAAAGCGUUAACUUCCGCGACGUAGUACACAAUGACAUGACAUACUACGUGUUAUAGUGCAGAACGUCAUGCCAUUGUGUACUACGUCGCAGAAGUUAACGCUUUUUGAACGUACAUCGAAUGCGUAUGGCUGUCGUGCCGGAAGCUCGUUAUUUUACUGGAUGGGCAUAUUUUUAUGGAUGGGUGCAUUUUUUUUUUUUUUUGUCUUCAAACUUUGGGCUGCCAUUUACAACCAUUAUAAAUCUUGGAGGACUAAGGAUAUUUUUAAAUAUAUCUCUGAUUGUGUUCGUCUGAAAGAAAAUAGUCAUAUACACCUAGGAUGGCUUGAGCGUGAGUAAAUCACAGGAUCAUUUUCAUUUUUGGGUGAACUAUACCUUUAAGUGAUGCCAAAAUGUUAUUCAUUGUUACGUUACAUGAGCGAUUAUGAUGCAAUAAGUUUAAAUAUGUAGAAAUACCAGUGAUAUUUGAACGAAUUUUUUAGCGAAUAACUUGCUUCUUUAGUCUGUUAUGCCACACAGAUUAUAGGGAAUUUUUGGAUACUUUUAUGGUGCCUUUUUGCAGCUUGACAGUCCCAGUCCCCAUUCACUUUCAUUGUAUGGGGGGGAAAAAAAAGCAGCUUGCCUUGGACAUUCUUGGAACAAAAAAAAAAUCAUACGGUUUUGAACAGAUGGAAAUUAGUAGAUGACAAUUUUCAUUUUUCAUUCAACUAUUCCUUUAAUAUUUACAUUGUUGCCAUGUGGCAUAUUAGACAUCAUCAAAAGCUUUGUCCAAAACUGACUGUGGUUUGUCCUUUUGGGAUCUCUGUUUAUGGAUCUCUGUGUUUUUUUUUUUGGUAACCAGCAACCAAAGCCAGUCACAAGCAUGUUUAUUUGUUUACAUGCCAUUGUCUUGGAUUGUGAUGUUCUUAUUCCUGUGCAACAUGUGCUAUUUUACAAUCAGGUUUUCUCAUGCAAACAACCCUUGAGUUCUAUUAGAUAUGUAUUUACCUCCACAAGUAUUACAGGUUUGGUUAGACAAUGGUGUUUUGUAUUAAGACUUUCCCAAGUUUCUGUCAGGUGCCAUUUUUUUCCUUCAAGUUUAUGUACCCAAGCUCCACGUGAGCAUCUGUGUGGACCGAUCAGAUGUGUUUUACCAGCAACUUCUUGUUCCAGAGUCACAUAAAUUUGUUAUUCCAUUUCCACAAAAAUGGAAUAGUGGUUUCUUCAAGGUUUACUCUAUAAAAGCAUUCCUUUUGUAUUUUGUAAAUACUUUUUUGUAGAUUCAGUAAUGUAAUUUUGUAGGUGUUUGUUUUUUCCACUGCAAAACUGAUGUUAUUAGAAUGUGGAUGUCUGUCAGGAAUAUGCCUCAAAGUUCAGCUGUAAUAGUAGCGAUGAAGACCCAGAAUCAAUACUGCUCUAAUAUUUGCACAUUUGGAAUAUGUUAAGAGGGUCCCAUAGAAUCGACUGUUUCUUUUUUAGUUUGCAAGAUCUUUGGUUUUUCCUCUUCAAGUUGUUGCCGUCACUAAUACAGCCAAAAGUCAACAUGUUUGACAUGGAAUAAAAUGCAUGUGCCAAUCAUGCAGAAGUGGUGACAAUUUAACCGUAAAGCUACUGUAUAAUACAGUUUGAAUUCGUAUUCUUGCAUGAUUCGCCAGUGGGUUCAGAUCAAAAACAUUUUUUUUUGGUGAAGCUGAGCUUACAUCAAUUAAACUACUGGUGAGUGAGCUCUUCUGAUUUUUUUUUUUUUUUUUUUUUUUUUUUACGUCAAAGCAAUUAUCCCAAUAGUGUGUUGUUUGAUUCUUUUUAUUUAUUUGAAAUACUGUAAUAUUAUAGCAUUUUAAUCUUUUGCUAUUUUGUACCAUUCACUAUAAUUCUGUCAGUGUAUUAAAGCAAACGCCAGUAUUUUGUCUCACAUUAUAUUGAAAUUUGUGUUAUUCAGAGACAUUAGAAUUCCCUUUCCCAUGUCUGACUUGCACAUAGUGAUCAUGUAAACUUCCAUCAGAAAAAAAUGGCUUGUCAGCAAUACUCUAAUAAAUCAUUCAUAACUUGAGUUCAUUUUUCAAAGUACUUAACAGCAAGCAAAUGUUUCUUUUGUCAGUCAGAUUGGCAGUUCUUCCUUCUGAUAUCUUCUGCUCUGUGCUGGACUAUUUAUUCUGUGAUGGAACAUUUUAUAUGUUGAUUGCACUUUUGGCCUUUUUGUGUUUUAAAAUGAUCCCCUAUAAUAUAAAACAGCAAAUUGUUGUUUCAGGUAAUGAUCAACUCAGAACUGUCUUGAAUUGAUUCUAGAACAAAAGUAGAAAAGCAACACUGGACGUUUGAUUUUCACCCCUGCCCGCUGAAAGAGGAAAUAUCACAAGAUAAAUGGUUGACAUUUAAAAGCUUGAUUCUUUUUUUUUCCAUGUAGUUUUCUUUCAUCUGUUUCUGUUUGCUCAUAACACCUCUCUGAUGGACAUUCAACUAUAACAAUGUCUGCUCAUUGUUUAUAUUGUACACUUGCAAUAAAGUUUUUUUGAGUCUUUGAA